AAGUACCUGUAAUCCAAACCUCUUUGUGCGAGACCAAAUGGCAAGGUUCCAACAGCUUCUUCACCUCUGCUGUGAGCUCUGAAAACUCAACCAAGCCAAAGUUAAACUGAGGAGUAAACAGACCAACCAUGUCUUUAGCUCCAAGUAGUCAUCCUUCUCUCUACUCUUCACCGCCAUUGCCAAGAACUACCAAAACCAGGCGAAUCCCCGCUGCGUUUUGCCAAACCAACCAUUCCUCAUUCAAGAACCACUCGUUUCUGAGCACUUCAACCGGUUUCUCACAUACCCAUUUGCUCAAACCGUUGAUUUUGAUCGUAAAAGCAUCGGAAACUGAGUCCCCGACAUCGAAAUCGGAGAGUGGAAGCGAAGGGGGAGAGGGAGACGAAGAACAGUAUGAAGAGUAUGAGGUGGAGCUGGUGCAGCCAUAUGGCCUGAAAUUCGCCAAGGGCCGAGAUGGUGGGACUUACAUAGAUGCGAUUGCAUCGGGUGGAUCGGCUGACAACUCUGGGGUGUUCACUGUUGGGGAUAAAGUACUUGCCACCAGUGCGGUGUUUGGGACAGAAAUAUGGCCUGCUGCUGAAUAUGGAAGGACAAUGUACACCAUUCGCCAAAGAGUCGGCCCAUUGCUCAUCAAAAUGCAGAAGAGAUAUGGGAAGCAAGAGGACAGAGGUGAAUUAACAGAAAAGGAGAUUAUCAGAGCUGAGAGAAACUCUGGUGUAAUUAGUAACAGAGUGAGGGAAAUCCAAAUGCAAAAUUCCUUGAGAAAAAAGGAACAGAAAGAGCUCAGGGCAAAGGACCUUCGUGAAGGACUGCAACUUUACAAGAAUGCCAAAUAUGAGGAAGCACUAGAAAGGUUUGAGUCUGUAUUGGGAUCAAAACCAGAGCUAGCUGAAGCUUCAGUCGCAAGUUACAAUGUCGCUUGUUGUUAUUCCAAGCUUAAUCAGAUAAAGGCUGGGCUCUCUGCUCUUGAAGAUGCCUUGCAAUCAGGAUUUGAAGACUUUAAGAGAAUCCGAACAGAUCCAGACCUAGCCAAUAUAAGAACAUCCGAGGAAUUCGACUCUCUUUUGAAAAGGUUUGAUGAGUCAUUUAUCAAUGAAAAUGCCAUCAAUGCAAUUAAGUCUUUAUUUGGCAUAUUCGACAAGAAAUAGAGCCUUGAAUGAGUUCAAAGAAAAGGAAACCAAGCUCUCUCAAUGGCAUGCGAGUUAAUGACAAAGCCAAUGCAGGGGUUGGCCUAGCCAUAUUUCAAUCAUCAAAUUCUCAUACGUGAAUUUGUUCAUAUAACUAGUUUUGGGUGACUACAGAAGGAAAUUCAAUGUGAUUUUUUUUCUUUCUAUGGAUACUUGGUUAUAUAAAUUUUCUCCCAAUCCGAAUGAAAUUCAAUGUGAAGGAAAUUUGUUUAUAUAAAUUUUUAUGGAUAUUCAUUUAUAUACAUUCAAUGCGAAGGAAAUUCCCUCUACCACCCAAUUUGAAAGAAAACUGUCCAAAAAAACUCAAACAUAGUAAUAAGGCUUCCUCCACCCAUUAAGGCUUGAGUUGUAGCAAAAAAUCCAUUCAAUAGUACAAUUCCCUCAUAAACUAAAAGAACUCUACAGAUUCACUUUCCUUUUAUUUCUAUGCAAUGCAAAAGAAAGGUUGCCUACCUACAAUAUGAUACCACCAAGAUUUGCACUAAAUCCAAAGGACAACAAAAACAAAAAUGAAAAAAGAAAAUCAUCUUCCAUUUGUUCAGAUGAGUUGUUAAAGGCGUCAAUGACCUGUUUCUUUCCAGUUCUGCCCUUCAAAUUCUGAAAUUCAAAAUCCGUAAAGCCCAGCUUGCUUUACCUCACUUGCUUAUUACAUAAUAUACAGGAUCUUCUUGAACAAUUAAAC